UGUCCCCUGGUUGAAAAGUUAUUGUAAUGUUAUUGUAUACUGCUGUAAGAUAAAAACACAGGCAACACCAUGGGCCAUCAGAGCCAGACACGGCGACAUGGCAAAAACCGGCAGUGAGAGAAAGCUUUUCUCCUCCAGACAGCGGCUGUCCAACACUGAUGACGAGCUCGCCGUCAUCGAAAAUGGAGAAAGCAGGGCUUCUCUGUGUGAAGAUAUCUCGGAGAGAGCGCUGUCUUCAGAUUCUCACAGAAACUCCUUCACAGGAUCCGGGGCGAUGGCCAGGCUCUCUUACUUCUUCUUCACGCUGUGGAACUGGGCGUCUCACAGAGUUCACCCCGAGGUGGAGCGACGCGACUCAUUCCUCGACCGCUUCAGGGGCCCCGAGCUCAAAGAGACGUCGAGAGAAAGCAACGCUCAGUCUUUGGGGUCCUGUGACGUCGCCCGCAAGAGGAAGUGAGUACGGGAAUGUAUGCAGCACUGAUACCUUAACAGUUAAAGGGUAUUUCACCAACAAAAUAAACAAAAAAUCUCAGGAAAGCAUAACAUAA